AUGGCCGACCGUGGCUCUGCUUCGCCUUCCCCUCCACCAAAAGCACCCACAGCAACCGCCCCAGGACCACGAGCAGCUGCACUACAAAAGGUCUUCAAUGGCGCGCUAUCCUCCUCAAUCAAGGCAAACUCAUAUGCCAAUUUCAGUUCAUGUUUUCCAACGCCUGCAAGGUACUGUCCUACUGCGAUGGAAGGAGUGUGGAAGCAAUUGAACACGAGACUUGAGGAAGAAUGCAGGCGCGAUUUUGAAAAGAUUCUCGAGGAGAGACAGAUCGUGGAGGGUCUAAAUCAAUGGGAUAGCAUGAUUGAGGAAGCACGAGGGAGAAAGAAUCGCGGAGUCGAGGGCGAGGAACCCGCGAGGGCACUGCACACGCUCUCAGCCGAUGAGCUAUACACCGCGCAUCUCACACCGUAUUUUCAGCAAGUGACAGAUGACCUCAAUUCCAAAUUACAGCGAACGCAACAAGAGAAUGCACAAAUGAUGACCACGAUUGAUCAACAACGAGCUGAAAUCGAGCGACUAUUGAAAGGGUUGAACACGGCUGUCAAGGACAUCGAGGGCAGUGUGGAAGCCAUACAAUCGCACGAACAGGCUGGCGUCAGCGAACUUAGAUCUGACAUCUGGCAGAUGGAGCAAGAAGUCGCCCUGAGUCGGACAUGA